CGUCUGGCGGAAGUUGAAAUAGCCGGGAGUAUGAGCUACGAGUGAACGAAACGGUUAUUUCAUUGUCUAGGACAUAAAAAGGAUAUUGUGGGGCAGCUGGGGGGAAGGGGGUUUUUCAUUGGAAAUGCGGCAAGCUAUCCAGGGAAAGUUUCAAUGACUGGGGUUUUCCACAAUUGUGUAUUUGCCUGUGUCUUUGUGAUUGAUUCCUAUCCUUUCAUCUCAUCCUUUCGUUUUCUUUUCUUGUCUUUUCUCGUUUAUUUGCAUAUCUCUGGUGGCAGUUUACUCACGGAAAACUUCAAAAACAGCUCAUUGACGCUUGCGAAAGAACAGCGGGCCGACAAAGGGAUACUUCUACUUUUCCUACUUCCCUAUCCUGGAGCUUUUAGCUCCCAUAUUGCGCCCCAGUCUAGCUUCGGAUUAUCCGCCCCUGCAAGUCAAUUCUCAUUUCCAAGGAAAGACUCAUAGAACACAGAUAUACCUCCUGAUGAUCACGAUCCCACGGAUUUCACGCUUCUGUUUUCAUUCUCGAAUCGAGCUGAUUCUAUUCUAUGCUUUUCCUCCUGAAUAAAUCUGCCUCGUUCACA